CAGUUAUUUAAAAAUAAGUGACAAUAAUCGAACGAAAAAUCAUAGGACUCAAAAGGGAAUAAUCGAACAAUUUUCUUUAAAUAUUCAUAGUGCAAAAUGUUACAAAUUUAUCUUGUUUAGAAAACUGGAUGUUAAAUGAUGAGUGUGAAUUUUCUGAAGUCAGUGUUUAUAGUUAUCACUUAACAUGUAUACUUUGAAAGGUAUAUUUCCUGAACCAAAAAAGGAACAAAAAAAGAAUUUUAUAAAGGAAAAUAUGAAACAGCUAAAAAUGAUUCAAGGCAAAUCUCCGAAAGAACCUAAAUUUACAUUGAAAACUGUUCAUCCGCCACAUCUGACCUCACAAGCGGCAUCGAGCGCCCUCGGCCAAGUCAGAUCUUCUCCGUCCAAUAAAAGUGGCAAAGUUACAUUGAACGUUGGCAAAACGAGUUCCUCGAACUCACGUAAGAAACACAAUGAAAUACGAAUAAAGAAGGGAGAUAUGGCAGAGUUCUUGAAAAGAAAAGAAAUGAGACAAAUGAAACAGCAAGAAGAGGAGUAUGAUGACGAGGUUAAAUCAUCAGAGUCAUCAUCGGGUCGUCUGCGAGACAUCGGCUGCCAGACUGUUGAGUCUAAUUUGGCCCAAAAAUUGGCUGAAAGCACUAAGUUGACAAUGCUAUAUCCGACCAAAGAGGAUGAAGGGGAUGUAAAGAAAGCUAGUGGAGACUCUGAACGACAUAAGAGUCCAGGUCCUAUAGCCCACACACCUCGAAGAGCUGGAGAUGAUAUGCUCGAAGAGAAGAACCGUAGCAGGCUCAAUUCCAUUUUAGAUAGGAAGGAAAAAGAUCCUUACUUACCAUCAAGCUACCAGAAGGGUGUACUUCCAAAAUAUUUGCGUGAACGUAAAGAAGUCGGAAAAGAGUUGGAUGAAGCUGGUAUUGAAGAGGAACAUGCAGUUUGUCCUCCUGGACAUGUCACACUUCCCGAUAACGAAAGAAAGGAAACCCUUCGCAUGCUGCGGAAUAGCUUCGCAGAACUUGUAAGUGAAUUAAAUAAAAUGCCAGUUAAAACUGACACAUUGAGGAUGAGGAAUAGGAAGAUGGAGCUGGAGAAGCAGCUCGCCAAGUUAGAGGAGGGCAUCAAGGUGUUCUCGCGGCCAAAAGUUUUUGUUAAGAUUGGGGAGUGAUGGUUGACUGUGGUUGGAGAUGAUAGACAAGCAAAGGCCAUUUUUUCUCAUCCACCAGAACCAUUUCUUUCAUAUGAUAUUACAUCCCAUUAACUAUUUUCAUUGCAUUGUUUCUCUAUGAGAAUUAUAUGUAAAUUGUUUUGUGAUAAAAUAAUACAGUCCUAUGUCCGACACGCCGUGUGCUUCAGAUGUGCCUUAAUAAUAUAAGGGUGUGUAAAUAUCGUAAAAAUUCUCUGUUCUCUACGACUGUGCUUGUAAAUUGUAAGUUGUCAUAAAAAUAUAAAAGUUGUCACGUCCAUGUAUAAGUUAAUUAUUGUAGCUUAGUAUAAUUGUUUUAUGUUUCUAGUAAUGAUUUAAUGUUUUUAUGGUUUACAGUGAUUGUAUAUGCUUUUGGAAAUUGAAUACAUGCAUAUAUUUUACUUUA